GACUCAAGUCCCAUCAGUUAGUGUCCUUUUACUUUGUUGAACGCACGAUUCAUCUUAAAGCUGUUUUUCUUCCAAUCCUUUGUUUUCUUCAAAACUUAGGGCGGCUGCUUCCUGGAAAGAGCCAAAUAUUAGGAGGAACGCUAGUGUCCCUUCAGUAUUAUAUAUACUCUUGUGCUGCCAUUUUUUUCGCUCGAUUGGAACCACUCUAGUGCCGUAAACAGUAGCCCCACACCAUGACAUCCCAUGAAUCCUCCUCAAAACUUUGGAAUUACGACGUGUUCUUGAGUUUUAGAGGUGAAGAUACACGCAAUGGCUUCACGGGCCACCUUCACGCGGCAUUACAAGACAGGGGCUUCGAUGCCUUUAUUGAUGAGGACAAUCUGAAAAGAGGGGGAGAAAUAAAACCCGAACUGUUGCAGGCAAUCGAAGAGUCCAGAAUCUCGGUCAUUGUCUUCUCAAGGUGUUACGCGGAAUCAAGAUGGUGUCUUGAUGAGCUGGUGAAGAUCAUGGAAUGUAGAGAAAAGCUGGGGCAACAGGUUUUGCCAAUAUUCUAUCAUGUCGAUCCUUCACAUGUGAGGAAGCAGGAAGGUUGUUUAGCCCGAGCAUUUCAGAAGCACGAAGAUGGCAUCCUUGAAGAAAAAGAUGACAAAGAACGUGAAGCUAAGAAAGAAAGGGUAAAGCAGUGGAGAGAGGCUCUUACUCAAGCUGCAAAUUUGUCUGGCCACCAUCUUAAUAAUGGGCAUGAAGCAAAGCUUAUUAGGAGAAUUGUUGAAGAGAAUAUUAGGGAAUUGCGUCCCAGCACAGAUGAAUUACAUGUGGCCAAAUACCCGGUUGGAAUCGACUCUCGUGUUCAACCAAUUAUCAGUGAUCUUUCAAGUGGUGGAUCAGAUGAUGUUAAAAUGAUUGGAAUUUGGGGGAUGGGUGGAUUGGGCAAAACAACUGUUGCCAAAGCUAUUUAUAACAAAAUUCAUCACAGCUUCCAAUUCAAAUGCUUCCUUGAAGAUGUUUGCCACCAUGGUACAAGCCAACAUGGUCUGCUCUGUUUGCAACAAAAAUUUAUUUCUGACAUCUUACAACGUGCCAAGCCUCAAAUUAUUUGUAGUGUUGCUGCGGGGAUCACUGUUAUAAGACAACACCUCCAACGUAGAAGGGUACUUGUCAUUAUUGACAAUGUAGAUAAUGUGGAGCAACUAAAUGCAAUAGCUGGAAGUCGUGGAUGGUUUGGUCCAGGAAGUAUAAUUAUCAUAACAACAAGAAAUGAGCAUUUACUAAAUCAACUGAGAGUGGAUAUGAGAUAUCGAGAUCGGGGAAUGAAUAAAGAGGAAGCUCUUGAGGUUUUCAGUUGGCAUGCAUUUGACAAUAUUUGUCCUAAUGAAGAAUAUCUUGAAUUGUCAAAUAAGGUAGUUUCUUACUGUGGGGGUUUGCCAUUAGCACUCCAAGUUUUAGGCUCUUCUCUUAUUGGCAGACCCAAAAUAGAGUGGGAAAGCUAUCUGGAGAAAUUGGAAAGAAUACCUGAAGAAGACAUUAUUAAAAAACUAAGAAUAAGCUUUGAUGGGUUAGAUGAUACUCAAAAGGCUAUAUUCCUUGAUAUAUGUUUCUUUCUUGAAAUCGGCCAGGGUUAUGUGAUAAAGGAUUAUGUCACAAAAAUAUUAGAUGGAUGUGGGUUAUCUCCAAUAAUAGGAAUCAGUAUUCUCCGUGAACGGUGCCUUGUAGAUGUUGAACGGGGCGCACUGAAGAUGCAUGAUUUGAUUCGAGAAAUGGGCAAGAUAAUCAUUUCUAGAAAAUCUCCUACUCAACCUGAAAGAUUGGGUAGAUUGUGGAACCCUGAAGUCGUAACAGACGUGUUGACAAAUAAAUCUGGAACUGAAGAAAUUGAAGCACUUUCUCUAGAUUUGCCAAGCUCUAAAAAAAAGGCUAGUUUCAGUACAAAAGCAUUUGUCAAUAUGAAAAAACUGAGAUUGCUAAGGCUCAACCAUGUAGAGCUCGCUGGAAGCUUCAAACAUUUUCCGAAAGAGUUGAGAUGGUUGUGCUGGCAUGGAUUCCCUUUCAAGUACAUGCCGGAGCACCUUCUUAAUCAGCCUAAACUUGUUGCUCUUGACCUGCGGUUCAGCAAACUCAGAAAAGGCUGGAAGAAUUCUAAGCCGCUCGAAAAUUUGAAAAUCCUUGAUUUCAGUGAAUCCCGUCGAUUAAAAAAGUCACCAGACUUUUCAAGGCUCCCAAAUCUCGGAGAAUUGAAUUUUUUCGGCUGUUGGAGAUUGUCCAAGAUUCACCCAACCAUCGGUCAACUUAAAAGACUCACUUUGGUAAAUUUUGAAUUCUGCGGUAUUAGGUGUCUCCCAGGGGAAUUCUGUAAGCUGAAAUCUAUUGAGACUCUUCGUCUGUCGUAUGGUGCAUUAAGAGAACUGCCCGAGGGCUUAGCGGAGAUGGUAUCAUUGAGAAAACUUGAUGCAACUAUUACAGCCAUAAAACAAUUCCCCAACGACCUUGGGCGUCUAAUUUCUUUACAAGAGUUGAGAGUUGGAGGCCGUAGUUGUCGUAGCCUACCUAGCCUCACUGGUCUUUCAAAUCUUGUUUAUUUGAGGUUAUGGACGUGCUUGAAUCUCCGUGCAAUCCCCGAUUUACCAACAAAUUUGGAAGUCUUGGAAGCAGAAUUUUGCUUUGCAUUGGAAACAAUGCCAGACUUUUCGCAAAUGUCAAACAUAAAAAAAUUGUAUAUAAGGGAUUCGCCCAAACUCACAGAGGUUCCAGGUUUAGGCUUGGGUAAAUCAUUAAACUCCAUGGCAGUGCUUUGUAUGCAUGAGUGCGCCAAUCUCACAUCUGAGUUUAGGAACAACAUCCUACAGGGAUGGACUUCUUGCGGAGUUGGUGGUAUUUUUCUGAAUGAGAUUUAUGAUAUUCCGGAGUGGUUUGACUUUGUCGCUGACGGCAAUAAAAUCAGUUUUGAUGUUCCUCAAUGUGAUGGUCGUAAUUUUACAAGGUUGACACUCUGCUGGGUUUGCUCGCAAUUCGAAUUUGGACAUGUUACCUUUACUGUUGUAAAUCGGACCAAGCAUACUACUUCGAGGGUCUCUAGCAGUUCUUGGGUAGCAAGACAGAAUUUUUUUUGGCAGGGACAAUUAUCGAACGAUAAGCUCAAGCUCAAUUUGCAAGGCGGGGACAAGAUUGUUAUUCUUUUAGAGGGUUUUGUAGUGAAGAAAACAGGGGUAAAUCUAGUAUGGGACAAACCUUUGAAGGAAAACAAGCAUCUUUUUUGGGGUGAUUAUUACUAUGAAUAUGAAUCUGAAGUAGUUCCGGAUUGGUUGUAUGAAGAAUCAAGUCUAGGACCAAGCCAUGGCGCAUCUGAUAAUCAUCCCACUAAUCAAAUUACGACUACUACCGAUGAACCCAAACUGAAAAGGCAAAAGUUUUGAAGAGAGAGCAUUGCCCAAUCGGUUGAAUGGUUGCUAUUCCAGCAUUAUACUCUCCCGCAUACAACGUCAGCUGUCUUUCUCGUUUUCCCAGCUCUAUUAUUCAGACAUUUGAUUUGAUCGCAUCCAACAGAUGAUUUGUUCCUCAUUUAACUGACAAUUCAUUUGCGAUAUUGACUAGUUGUUCAAUUAUUUAUUGUUCUAUGCUUUACAAAUAUUCAUAUUCUCUUGUGGAACCAAAUUAUUAGCAUCAUACUUCGACUUUUUCGGUCCUAAAUCAAAAUUUUAGAUUGAAAUGUGCA